CCACGCCGUAGCAGCACACCACGACCGGAGCGGCAUAGAAAAGGGAGCGAGCUGAGCACACGAGCACGCACGGCGCAUCGAUCUCGUGUUCGGCAGCUCAGCUAGCAGCUAGCAUGGCGAGCGGGGGCAUCAAGACGAUGGCCUCGGGCCUCCUCUUCCUGAACCUCAUCAUGUACGUCGUCGUCGCCGUCAUCGCCGGCUGGGCCGUCAACUACAGCAUCGAGGACAGUGCCCACUCACUGAGGGGCGCGUCGCCGCCGGUGCGGCUGUUCCCGGUCUACUUCCCGAUGGGCAACCUGGCGACGGGGUUCUUCGUCAUCUUCGCGCUCCUGGCCGGCGCGGUCGGCAUCUCCACCUCGCUCACCGGCCUGCGCGACGUCACCGAGGGCUACCCCGCCAGCAUGAUGUCCGCCGCCGCCUCCGCCCUCGUCACCUGGACCCUCACCCUCCUCGCCAUGGGACUCGCGUGCAAGGAGAUCAGCAUCGGCCUGAGGCCCCCCAGCCUGCGCGCGCUGGAGACGUUCACGAUCAUCCUGGCCGGAACGCAGCUGCUCUGCGUCGGGUCGCUGCACGCCGGGGCGAACGCGGCCAUCGUGCAGACGCCCAUGGGAGUCAGAGCACGGGUCUGAUGAUCGGUCGACGCAGGCCGGUCGUCGAUGGAGUGUGGUCUAUUUGAAGGUGCAGCAUCAUCCUGGCAAGGAUUAUUGGUUUGCGUGUGCGUGCGUGUGAUGUGAAUAUGCGGAUUAUAUAUGCUACCGUGUCGGGGUUCUCAGGGUGUGCGUGCGCUUGCGGUGAAAUUGUGUCCGGCCGGUGGGCGUGACGAUCACAUAAUAUGUCGAGUACUAUUAUUUAUUCUCUAAUUUGUGGGAC